UCGGUCACGUCGAUCCUCUCCCACCGUCUCAGAUCAAUCUUCCACUGCCACCUCUCGCCAGCCCAGCCCUCCACCCGUUUCCUCCACUGCCGUCGCUCCUGAUCCUGCCACCAUGACUGAACCAACAAUCGCCGACGUCCUGGAGUCCCUGAAGUCCAUCUCCACGAAGAUGUCCGCCAUGGAAGCUGAUAUGGCGGCCCUGAAGGAGAAGUCUGCUUCGUCGUCGGGCACCGGCGGCGGCGGCCCUCGGCCAGACGGCGCGCGGGAUUUUGAUCAGCCCCCGAAGCACAAGAAGUGGGACUUUCCCCGUUUCGAUGGCACCACCGAUCCGAUGCUCUUCCUGAACAAGUGCGACUCGUACUUCCGCCAACAUCGCACCAUGGCGGAGGAGCGCGUGUGGAUGGCGUCCUACAACCUGGACGAGGUCGCGCAACUCUGGUUCAACCAGCUCCAGGAGGACGAGGGCACUCCCACCUGGGGGCGCUUAAAGGAGCUCCUGAACCUCCGGUUCGGGCCUCCCCUCCGUUCCGCACCGCUGUUCGAGCUCUCUGAGUGCCGCCGUACCGGGACCGUGGAGGAGUACGCCAACCGAUUCCAGGCGCUCUUGCCUCGCGCGGGACGGCUGGAUGAAUCUCAGCGCGUGCAACUCUUCACCGGCGGCCUCCUCGCUCCGCUCAGCCACGCCGUCCGUCUCCACAACCCGGAGUCCCUCGCCGCCGCGAUGAGUCUCGCCCGCCAGGUAGAGUUGAUGGAGUUGGAGCGCCCCCAGCCGCCCCUGCUCCAGGCCGCACAGCGCGCACCACUGCCUCCCCCGGCGGCGCGCGCGCCCCUGCCUCCCACGGCCCCGCGCCCGGCGCUCCAGGCGGCACCGGCUCCCCUGGCGCUGCCUGCGCCGCCCGUGGCCGCGCUCCCGGCUCCACCUCCGCGGGGUGCGCCCAACCAGGCCAAGCGCCUCUCGCCGGCGGAACAGGCCGAACGUCGUCGCCUCGGCCUCUGCUACAACUGCAACGAACCCUACUCCAGGGGCCAUAACCGGGUCUGCCGCCGCAUCUUCUUCAUCGACGGCAUCGAGCUCGCGGACGAGGAGCCCGCCGUUAGCGACGCGGACCAGGGCGCCCCGGUCUUCUCCCUCCGCGCCGUGGCUGGUAUGCCGAUCUGUGACACUAUGCAGGUGCGGGUGGCCGUGGGUGCAGUGGUGCUCACCGCCCUCCUCGACACGGGCUUCACGCACAACUUCAUCGCGGAGUCGGCGGCGCCGCGCACCGGCCUUUCCGUCCUCGCCAACCUGCGCCUCACCGCCACCGUCGCCAACGGGGAACGGAUCGCCUGCCCCGGCGUCAUACGGCAGGCCCCGAUCACGAUCGCCGGCGAGGCGUUCAACGUCGACCUCUACGUCAUGCCCCUCGCCGGAUACGAUUUGGUCCUGGGCACUCAGUGGCUGGUGACCCUGGGACCGAUCGUGUGGGACUUCACCGCCCGCACCAUGUCGUUCUCUCGCCAGGAUCGCGCGGUCUGCUGGUCCGAUGUGACCGCGCGCGCUCCGCCUCUUGUGGCUGCGGUCUCGUCCCCGACCGGCCUCCUGGAGGAGCUGCUGUCCGCCUUCAGCGGCCUCUUCGCCGAGCCUACCGGUCUGCCCCCGCAGCAUGCCCGCGACCACGCCAUCACCCUCAAACCGGGCACGCUACCGGUGGCGGUCCGGCCAUACCGGUACCCGGCUGCUCACAAGGAUGAGCUGGAGCGGCAAUGCGCCGCAAUGAUGGAGCAGGGCAUCGUGCGGCGCAGCGACUCCGCGUUCUCGUCCCCGGUCCUCCUCGUCAAGAAGCCGGACGGGUCGUGGCGUUUCUGCGUCGACUACAGGGCGCUCAACGCGCUCACCAUCAAGGACGCGUUCCCCAUUCCCGUCGUCGACGAGCUCCUGGACGAGCUCCAUGGCGCCUGCUACUUCACCAAGCUGGACCUCCGCUCCGGCUAUCACCAGGUCCGCAUGAGGCCGGCCGACAUCCACAAGACGGCGUUCCGCACCCAUGACGGUCUCUACGAGUUCCUGGUCAUGGCUUUUGGGCUGUGCAACGCCCCGGCCACAUUCCAGGCCUUGAUGAACGAUGUGCUUAGGCCGUUCCUCCGCCGCUUUGUGCUUGUGUUCUUUGACGACAUUUUGAUUUACAGUCGCACCUGGGCCGACCACCUGCGUCAUCUCCGCGCCGUCUUCGACGAACUCCGCCGUCACCAGCUCUUCCUCAAGCGCUCCAAGUGCGCUUUCGCGGCGCCGUCGGUGGCGUACCUCGGCCAUGUCGUCUCCGCCGCCGGUGUCGCCAUGGAUCCCGCCAAGCUACAGGCCGUGCGGUACUGGCCGCCUCCUCGCUCCGCGCGGGCUGUGCGCGGCUUCCUGGGCCUCGCCGGCUACUACCGCAAGUUUGUGCACAACUACGGGACCAUCGCCGCCCCCCUCACCGCCCUCCUCAAAAAGGACGGUUUCUCGUGGUCUCCCGAGGCCUCUGCCGCCUUCGACGCCCUCAAGGAAGCGGUGACAUCGGCACCGGUGCUCGCCAUGCCGGACUUCUCCAAGCCCUUUGUCGUCGAGUGCGACGCAUCGUCACACGGCUUCGGGGCGGUGCUGGUCCAGGACGGCCACCCGAUCGCGUACUUCAGCCGGCCUGUCGCCCCGCGUCACCAGGCUCUCGCCGCGUACGAGCGCGAGCUCAUCGGCCUCGUCCAGGCCGUUCGCCACUGGCGGCCGUACUUGUGGGGGCGCCGCUUCACCGUCAAGACCGAUCACUACAGCCUCAAGUACCUGCUGGACCAGCGCUUGUCGACCAUCCCUCAACACCAUUGGGUUGGCAAGCUGCUGGGCUUCGACUUCGCGGUGGAGUACAAGCCGGGGCACACCAACGCGGUGGCGGAUGCCCUCUCGCGCCGGGACACCGCAGACGAGGGGACGGUUCUGGUGCUGUCCGCCCCUCGGUUCGACUUCGUCCAGCGGCUGCGCCUGGCUCAGUCGUCUGACCCGGCCCUCGUCGCACUCCAGGAGGAGAUCAGCGCCGGCUCCCGUGCGCUACCGUGGAAGCUGACGGACGGGCUGGUCACGUACAGCGGGCGGCUGUACAUCCCGCCGGCAUCGCCCCUGUUGCCGGAGGCCCUGCGAGCGGUCCACGAGGAGGGCCACGAAGGCGUGCAGCGCACUCUGCAUCGGCUACGGCGUGAUUUUCACUUCCCUAAUAUGAAGACUGUGGUGCAGGACUUCGUGCGCGCGUGCUCAGUGUGCCAGAGGCACAAGUCAGAGCACCUCCACCCCGCUGGGCUUUUGCUGCCGCUACCUGUGCCGCAAGGCAUAUGGUCUGACAUCGCCAUGGACUUCGUCGAUGCCCUGCCGCGCGUCAAGGGCAAGUCCGUCAUCCUCACCGUCGUCGACCGGUUCAGCAAAUACUGCCACUUCAUUCCCCUGGCGCACCCGUACUCAGCGGAGAGUGUGGCCCAGGCGUUCUUCGCGGAGGUCGUUCGGCUGCACGGCGUGCCGCAGUCGAUCGUGUCCGACCGCGACACGGUGUUCACCUCAAACUUUUGGCGCGAGCUGAUGCGCCUCAGCGGCACCAAGCUCCAGAUGACGACGGCCUUUCACCCACAGUCCGACGGGCAGUCUGAGUCGGCGAACAGGGUGAUUGUUAUGUAUCUCCGCUGCUUGACAGGUGACCGGCCGCGCGACUGGCUCCGCUGGCUGCCGUGGGCUGAGUACGUCUUCAACACCGCCUUCCAGUCGUCCCUGCGCGACACGCCGUUCCGCGUCGUCUACGGCCGGGAUCCCCCCUCCCUCCGCUCCUACGAGGCGGGCGAGACUCGGGUCGCUGCGGUGGCGCAGACCAUGGCGGAACGCGCUGAGUUCCUCGAAGACAUCCGCCACCGCCUCGAGCAGGCGCAGGUGGUUCAGAAGCGCCACUACGAUCAAGCUCAUCGUCAAGUCUCCUAUCAGGUGGGCGAUUGGGCGCUCCUACGGCUCAGGCAGCGGCCGACUGCCUCCCUGCCCACAGCGGUGACAGGCAAGCUGAAGCCCAAGUUCUACGGUCCUUACCGCGUCGUCGAGCUCAUCAACGAGGUUGCUGUCCGCCUUGACCUGCCGCCCCAAGCUCGCCUCCACGACGUGUUCCAUGUGGGCCUCCUCAAGAAGUUCCACGGCGCGCCACCGCCGGCUUCGCCGCCCCUGCCUCCAGUCCGCCAUGGCGCUGUGGUGCCCGAACCAGAACAAGCCGUCAAGACACGCUUGGCUCGCGGGGUGCGCCAAGUCCUCAUCCAGUGGAAAGGUUCAUCGCCUGCAUCAGCCACCUGGGAAGACGUCGACCCAUUCACGGCCAGGUACCCACACUUCCAGCUCGAGGACGAGCUGCGUCUCGAGGAGGGGAGAGAUGUCAUGUGGGGCCGCACCUAUACGCGGAGGCGCCGAGCGCGCGACCUGCGCAGGGCCGCUGAGCGCGCCGAGAGCGCAGCCAGGGAAGCAGGCGUAAUUAGUGGCUAAUAGAGCCCAGUUUGGUAGGAGUCUGUUGCAGUCCUAAACUUUAGGAGAUUAGUUUCCCUUUCAGUUGGAGGAGCAGGCUAUUAAGCCUUGUAAUCGUGAUUGAUCAGGCUAAGCAAGAUUAAACCAAUUCUCUCC